AUGGAGUUAGUUUCCAAACAUAGCCAAAAAUUCACCCUACAAAAUUUUCACAACUUUUCAAUAUUAGAACAUCUCAAGUUCUUAGUAAUUUUACUCUUUGCUUCAUUUGAAUCAUUUCUUAUUUUCCUAAAAUAUGACAUAUUUUUCCAUAUUAUUAUUCUAACUAUAUCCAUAUUUUCAUACAUUAUAGCUUAUUAUUUUCAUUCAAAACCUCCUAACAUAUAUCUAGUAGAAUUUUCAUGUUAUAAACCUCCAAAUUAUUGUAGAAUCCCACUUUCUUCAUUUAUAGAACAUGUUCAUUUAAUCAACUAUUUUGACAAAGAAAGCGCGGAAUUUAUGUCCAAGAUCCUUAAUUCUUCGGGCCAAGGCCCAGAGACUUAUCUCCCACCACCUUUGCAUUACAUUCCUCCUAGGCCCGUCCACUACGACGCCAUUGAAGAGGCUAAAAUGGUCAUUUUUCCUAUGAUGGAGGAUCUUCUACUAAAGCCCAAUCUCUCUUCUCUUGACAUUGACAUUCUUAUUGUUAAUUGUAGUGGGUUUUGUCCUUCUCCUAGUUUAACAUCAUUAGUUGUUAACAAGUUCAAACUUAGGCCCAAUAUUAAGAGCUUUAAUCUCUCUGGAAUGGGCUGUAGUGCUAGUAUGAUUGCUUUGGGCCUGGCCCAAAACUUGCUCUUGGUCCAUCGAGAGUCGAAUGCAGUUAUUUUGAGUACUGAGAUCCUAACUACGGGUUGGUAUUCGGGUAAUGAACGGCCCAAAUUGGUACUAAACUGCCUCUUCCGAAUGGGCGGGGCAGCCAUUUUGUUGUCGAAUCGAAAACAGGCCCGGAAUAAGUCCAAAUACCAAGUUAUUUGGACUUCAAGGGCCCAACAAGCUGUUUACGAUUGGGCCUAUAAGUCAGCAUUUCGAGAAGAGGAUUCUAAUGGGCUUACUGGGGUUACUCUUAAUAAGGACAUCUUAGAAGCUGCCUCGGAUAUGAUUCAGGCCCAAUUAAUCGCUCUCGGAUCCUUUAUGUUGCCUACUUGGGAGAAGUUAAAGUUUGUUACAUCUAUUGUCAAGAAGAAAUAUUGGAAGAUAUCAGCUGAGAUUUACGUGCCAGAUUUUCAGACGAUCAUUCGACAUUUUUGCUUGCCAGUAUCCGGGAAGCCGGUGAUACGGGAGAUAGGAAAAGGGCUGAGAUUGGGGGAUAGAGAAAUGGAGGCAGCUUUGGCUACAUUGCAUAGAUUCGGAAACCAAUCUUCUUCUUCUUUGUGGUAUGAAUUGGCUUAUAUAGAAGCUAAGGAGAGAGUGAAGAAAAGGGAGAGAGUUUGGAUGCUUGGGAUGGGAAGUGGGCCUAAGUGUACUAGUAUAGUAUUAGAAUGUAUUAAGCCCAUUGUUGGUGAGUCCAAGAAGGGCCCAUGGGCUGGAUCCAUAUAUAAGUAUCCAGCUUUAGCAUUUAAUAGUUGAAAGAAUUAUGUUGACACUUCUAUUGCCUCUCUUGAGAGUUCAGACAUCAGCACAUCAGUAUACUACAGUUUUUAAAAUGUGCUGUACUCAUAGAACAAUG